AUGUGGGGUGUCUGGUCUACUACAUUCAAAGGAUUUCAUCUUUCUUUGGCUAAACGAAAUGGUAUUAGAAGCAUAAAGACAUUAGUUCCAAGAGUCAGAUUCGCUCCUAGUCCUACGGGAUAUUUGCAUCUAGGGGGUUUAAGAACAGCUUUAUAUAAUAAUUUAUUUGCCAAGUCUCGACGUGGUGCUUUUGUUUUACGAAUAGAGGAUACAGAUCAAAGUAGAAAGGUAGAUGGGUCUAUAGAGGCACUCAUUCAAGAUUUAGCUUGGGCAGGCAUAGAAUGCAAUGAGGGUCCGAAGCAGGGUGGAAAAUAUGGACCUUAUAUUCAAAGCAAACGCUUACAUAUAUAUCAAGAAUAUAUUCAAAAGCUAUUGGACAAUGGAUCGGCAUACAGAUGUUUUUGUACUGAGCGGAGAUUGAAUAUUUUAAGACGGAAUGCUGUGAAAAGUCAGCAGGUUCCUAAAUAUGAUAACAAAUGCAGGAAUUUGCCAGUCGAAGUAGUCAAUGAGAAAAUAAAAUCAGGAACUCCUUAUUGCAUUAGGUUCAAGCUGUCUUCUGAUUGUCUAUCAUUUGACGAUCUUAUAUUUGGUGCUAUAGCUUAUGAUGUAUCAUUAGUAGAAGGUGAUCCAGUCCUUGUAAAAACUGAUGGUUAUCCAACCUAUCACUUUGCAAAUGUUGUUGAUGAUCAUUUAAUGGAUAUUACGCAUGUGCUGCGCGGUGUGGAAUGGCAGAUAUCAACUACUAAACAUUUACUUAUUUAUAGAGCAUUUGGAUGGACACCACCACAAUUCGGUCAUUUGCCACUUAUCGUGAAUGCUGACGGAACUAAAUUAAGUAAAAGACAAAAUGAUGUUCGUGUCGAAGAUUAUAAAGAUAAAGGAGUCUACCCGCUGGCCCUGGUGAAUUUCAUAACAUUGUCGGGUGGUGGCUUCCAGCAUGUGCCCGGGGAAGGGGUUAGACUUAAAACUAUGGACGAGUUAGCACAGGAGUUCCAGAUCGACAAAAUAUCUGCACAUCCGAGCCGGCUUAAUCCGGAUUUAUUACAAGAGUGUAAUAGGUUAGAAAUAAAGCGUCAGAUACAAGACCCGAUUCUAUCAUCACAAUUAGUGGCUAAACUUCAAUUAUUAAUUAAAGAAAAAUAUAAAACAGAAAACCUGAAUAUCUCUGAUGACCACAUUAGAAGUGUUUUACUAUGGGCGACUUCAAGAAUCAACAAAAUAGAAGAUUUGGUAUCAAGCACAUUUGGCUUUUUAUGGAUUCUACCUUCAAACAAAAGCGAAGUCGAUAAAAUUUUACUGCAUGAUGUAGUGGACAAUUUGGAAAAUUUAGAAGAAUUUAAUGAAAACUCAAUUAAGGAGCGGUUACGAGAGAUUUCUUCGAAGAAUAGUGUGAAAUUUCCGGAGUUGAUGAAAAUGCUCAGAUCCGUUCUAAGUGGGUUGAGUGAAGGGCCGAGUGUCGCGGAAAUGAUGCAAUUGUUAGGUAAAUGUCAAACGAUUGAAAGAAUAAAGGCUGUUAAUAGAUAA